GGCCGUGGAGGGCUCACGAGCCAUAAAUAACUGAACACAGAGAGAGACGGAGGCGGAACUCCACAGCUCAUCUCCCCAACCGGGCGGCGACACAAGGAGGAGAGGCGAAUCCACGGCUGGAAGGGUCGGACACCGCAGCCAUGUCCGCGGACGAGGCCGCGCUCAAGGCCUGUGAUGAGAGAACAAGCCUUAGUGUGGCUGCCUCGUAUCAAGCUGAAAAUGGUUUCAUCACCACAGUUGGUCCUGCCGAAUCAGCGAAGGCAGCUUAUGCAUUUCUUCCUCAAACUCCUACUGAGUCAACUGACGCGCACCUUGUUGAGUUUGCAGAGGCUAUGAGAACUGUUGCACAAGCACUACGACAAGUCGCGGAAGGAAAAGCUGCUGCUCAAGCAGAGGCAGCUGAGUGGAAGCGCAAGUAUGAAUUAGAGAAGGCAGUCAAGGCGCACAAGCAUCACACUGUAAUUAAAGCAUGUGCAGGUUGCAGCAACUGUGUCAAGGACAAGCUAGAGCAUUUGACUAGCAAACUGACACUGGAGACUGCCUCGGCUGAUCAGACAGGUUGUUGUGGAGACCAUGGGAUCUGUUCACGUCAAAUUCUCCAGGACCAAUCUCCUGGACCCAACCAAAAAUUGGAUGAUAAGACUGUUGGAAGAAAGGCACCAUUUAGACUUUCAUGGGGAUGCAAUGAAGAUAAGAACGGUCAGCACAAGCAUGAUUUUGUGUCCUUCGAAAAAGGGGAUAUAACAACAGCAGAACGCAGCAAUAAACAGAUUUUGCUAAAAUGGGAAUCCCCUCCACAAACAGUUCUUUUUGUGACUAAACCUAAUUCCAACGCUGUGCAUGCUCUCUGCUCCGAAAUGGUUCGAUGGCUUAAAGAACAUAACAACAUGAACAUCUUCGUAGAGCCACGAGUUAGCAAGGAACUACUGAUUGAAGAUUCUUACUUCAACUUUAUUCAGACAUGGGCUAAUGAUCAGGAAAUGAAGACAUUACAUACAAAGGUUGAUCUCAUUGUAACUCUCGGCGGUGAUGGAACUGUUUUAUGGGCUGCGUCACUGUUCAGAGGACCAGUUCCUCCAGUUGUUGCAUUUUCUCUUGGAUCAUUGGGCUUCAUGACGCCCUUCCCAAGCGAGAAGUAUCGUGAAUGCUUGGACAAUGUACUCAAAAGACCAUUUACCAUCACGCUAAGGAGCCGUCUGCAGUGUCAUGUAAUUCGUGAUGCGGCCAAGGAUGAAAUUGUGACUGAGGAACCGAUUAUAGUGCUAAAUGAAGUUACAAUUGAUCGUGGAAUGUCAUCUUACCUUACCUACUUAGAAUGCUAUUGUGAUAGCUCUUUUGUUACAUGCGUACAAGGAGAUGGGCUGAUAAUAUCCACGACAUCUGGAAGCACAGCAUAUUCACUGGCAGCUGGAGGAUCCAUGGUUCAUCCACAGGUCCCAGGGAUCCUUUUCACACCAAUCUGCCCUCAUUCAUUGUCAUUCCGGCCUUUGAUACUGCCUGAAUAUGUCACUUUGCGCGUGCAAGUACCAUUGAACAGCAGAGGGCAAGCAUGGGCAUCCUUCGACGGCAAGGGUAGAAUUCAGCUUGGACCAGGCGAUGCCCUCAUCUGCAGCGUCUCUCCGUGGCCCGUUCCCACAGCAUGCCUGAUGGACUCAACGACUGACUUCCUGCGGAGCAUCCAUGAGGGUCUCCACUGGAACCUCAGGAAGAGCCAAUCACUGGACGGCCCUGCCUGAUUGAUCUAGUUUGUGCAGCAGUCUGUGCCAUCGGAACACGAUAGGGACUGAUGAAAUGGCAGAUGUGUAAUAUUUCAAAGCAUCUCCUCGCAGCCCAGCAAAGAUGGAAUACAUAUAUGUAUCAUGUAUGCUCCCGUGAUAGUUUUUUGGUUCUUUAUGGAUCUUCUUACAUUUUCUAUACCCUACCCAUAAAAAAGGUUUACCGAUACAUUUACCUGUAGUCUGGUGUGAAAUUCAAACAUGGUCAGUUGGUAACCAAUGUGAAUAUAUUAGUUCUCUGGAGUAGAGGCAAUGUAAUUAUGCAUGAGUUGCAACAUUGAAACUCUGAUCUGAAUAAUGAGUGACUUCUUCC